AUGGCAGCGAACAUGGAAAAUUUGCCUGAACACAUUCUGUUGGAUAUUUUGUCCCUGGUUCCAGCAAGCGACCUCAUUUGCAAUUGUCGGCUGGUCUGCUCUCAGUGGCGGGACUUGGUAGACCUGCCGGUCCUGUGGAAGCGCAAGUUCCAGAAAAGGGACCAUGACUCUUCUCCAAAGCCAUUGGCUUUCUACAUUUUCUCCCACCUAAAAAAGAACUUAAUCAAGAACCCUGAUGGUCAAGAUGGCCUGGACUCCUGGGAAAUCCAGACACCUGACGAGGGCCACUGGGAAACUGAGGAACUGUCCAUAGAAGACUCAAAAAUCAUCUGUAGGAUAAUCGGCAUUUAUUGGAAGAAUGAUGAAGAUGCUCCUGUUCAGCUCUACAAAUGCUUUGCUGCACGUAACGGGCCCUGCAGCAAGUCUCAGCUCAUCACCUUGAAGGAUGAGGGCUACUGGGAUGAACUGAUGGAUGAAGCCAGACCCAUGAUUGAGGUGAAGGACUGCAUUUCAAAAGAGCCUGGUUCACGCUAUAAACUGAUCGUGAAGCUGUUGUCUGCAGACUCUGAAGUCCUUGAAGAACAUCAAUAUGAAGAACCUAGUGUGUCAAUGUGGUUUCCGGUUUCACACACUUUUGUAAACUACCCUCAAGGUGUCCGUCAUAUCCUCUUUGAACACAAAGCGGACAAGAAAAUCAGCCUCCUUAAGUUCCUCUACCCGGAGCACUGCCCAAGUGAAGACAGGGAGCCAUCCUGGGCUGGGAUGAAGGUACUGCAAAGCAGCAUCACACUUCACCCACCACCAAUGGCAGAAGAAGAGGAUGACGAUUACUACGACGACGACUACGACUACUACCCCGAUCCACAUUGCAACGAUGACGAAAUGCCUUAUUUGUCUUAUUAUAGUGCAUCCAAUUGUUAUUCGUGGUACAAUGAUGACUGGUACAGUGAUGACCGCUCCUCUCCUUAA